AACAUGUUUUGUUUCAAUUCUUUUUCCCAGGCUUACCAGCAUAAGCUAAAGCUAGCCCUUAUAGGUCAAAGUAUUUUUGGCCAAGAAGUUUAUAACAAGCUGAGAAAAGAGGGACAUAAAGUUGUGGGCGUAUUCACAGUGCCUGACAAGAAUGGACAAGCUGAUCCUUUGGCACUGGCAGCAGAGAAGGAUGGCACUCCUGUGUUUAAGUUCCCCAGAUGGAGAGCUAAAGGCAAGCCUAUCCAGGAAGUAGUUGCAGCCUACAAAUCAGUUGGAGCAGAGCUAAAUGUCCUUCCAUUCUGUACACAGUUUAUCCCCAUGGAUGUUAUUGACUGCCCAAAACAUGGCUCUAUUAUUUAUCAUCCAUCCAUCCUACCACGUCACCGAGGAGCUUCUGCAAUCAACUGGACUUUAAUUCAAGGAGAUAAGAAAGCAGGAUUUACUAUUUUUUGGGCUGAUGAUGGUUUGGAUACUGGACCAAUACUUCUGCAGCGAGAAUGUGAUGUUGGUCAAAACGAUACUGUGGAUGACCUGUACAACCGGUUUCUCUUCCCAGAAGGAAUAAAGGCUAUGGUGGAAGCUGUACAUCUAAUUGCUGAUGGUAAGGCCCCUCGUAUACCUCAGCCUAAAGAAGGGGCAACAUAUGAAGGGAUCCAGAAGAAGGAAAAUGCAGAGAUCUCCUGGGACCAACCUGCUGCAACUUUGCACAAUUGGAUUCGAGGGCAUGAUAAAGUGCCUGGAGCAUGGACAACAAUAGAUGACCAGGUGGUUACUCUUUAUGGGUCAUCAUUACUUGAUGCUUCAGUGCCUGCUGGACAAGAGCUGGUAAUAAAAGGUGCUUCAAGACCUGGACUUGUAACUAAGAAUGGUCUAGUCGUUUUUGGAAAUGAUGGGAAGAUGGUGCUAGUGAGAAAUCUGCAGUUUGAGGAUGGAAGAAUGAUCCUUGCAUCUAAAUAUUUCUCUGCCGAUGAAACAGCUGCCCUGGAACUUACAGAAGAGGAGAAAAAGAUGGCAGAAGAUAUUAGGGCUAUUUGGAAGGGAAUUUUAAGCAAUGUUCCUGUAAUUGAGGAUUCCACAGACUUCUUCAAAUCUGGAGCAUCCUCUAUGCAUGUUGUCAGGUAA